CGUGAGUUCGGCACACUCACAAUGUCGUCAGGAACAGACCGACUUAAAAUUGCGGUGCACGGAUACCCAAGCGUGACAUAUAUUCGAGGAUCACGCGUCAAGCUUGAAGUCCGAGCCACUCGAGAUGGUAAACCUGUAUUGAAGCCAGGUACUCUCUAUCAUUGUUGUGCCAUCUGGGGACCAGUGGAUCAUGAAAACAGUCAACUCCUGGACCGUCAGUAUAUCUACACGUGCACCCCAGCCCAUGCGGAUCGGGACGGUACAAUUACUAUCGAGAUAAACCAUGAUCUUAUACUCAACUGGGCCUUCAAGACAGCUGAAUGUGGCUAUCCGACAAAUUUCAAUCUUCUCGAAUUCUGCAUGUAUGUUGUGGUAUUUAAGGAGGGUACAACGGGCUGGUCAACACGAGAGAAACGAGAUGACGACCAAAACCUUUGGUUUAAGUCUCCAAGUUCACCAUUAUUCAAAAUCCGAGACGCAGCCAUCGUGACCCCUGCGAUGGGCAGCACUGGUAGGAGUAUCUUAUCUCCCAAAGGAGGGACUCUAUGA